CCAACAAAGCGACCCCAUCCCAUAUCUCCCAGACUACAUCGCUUCAUCUGAACAACAACAACAGCAGCAGCAGCAGCAGCAACAGCAACAGCAACAACAAUUCCAAAUGGGUGCAUCCACGACCCACCCCUACAGCCCCGACUCCUACCCAAUCCAGCUCCCGAUCAUGAUCCAGCCGGAUACCCCCUCUAGCUCCUUUGGGCAAAGAUCAGGGGUAGAGUCAGUGGCAGAAUUAAAACCUGGGCAGCAAGACGAGCGCGGAAUAUACCCCAUCGUGCAAAAGGUAGCAGGGAUGUUUGGUGUCGAGGGGAGAGAGGAUACCGGGACGACGACGUUGCUGUUUAUGUUGGGGAAGAAGGCGUAUGUUUUGCUUCUUUCUCCUUUCCUUUCCUUUCCAUUCAUUAUGUUGAGACUGACGCUUUAAUUGAUAUGAAGGUAUAAAAGAGCGAAAGAAGCUAGGGCAGCGAAUGCGAGAAAUAAUGCUAUUACUGGCAGCAGCAGCAGCAGCAGCAGCAGCAGCACGAGCAAC